AUGAACAAUACAUGUUGUAAUACAUCCGAAGAUAUUAGGCCAUAUGUAGAUCCUGUUGCUAUUACUGAAGAGGAGGACAGCGUAUAUAAGAAUAUGAGUAUUUAUAGAUAUGAAAAGGUUUACAUGAGUUACCUACACUUGUAUUUUUCUGUACUUGAUUUUAAGGAGACCAUGUUUAUAUCUGUUAAUGACGAAAACGACCAGUUGACCGAUUUGCAGGCAUCUUACCCACUCAAAUAUAUGGAUGCAGACAAUACAGUUUGUCUCGUGGGGGAGCCUCACUCGUAUGGAAAUGACGUGGCAAGAAUGUUAGGAAUGAAAUUCAAAAUCCCUUUCUAUGUUAGUGUAAGUGUUGACGAAAGUGACGAAAAUUUGACGAAUUUUAUUUUUUCCACAUGUCUGGAAAUAUUGACUCCGUUAUUUAACUCUAGGUAA